AAUAAAUAUGGUUCGGUUUAAUUGUCUAUUUUACAUUUGCAGAUAAAAGUCGUUGCAGGUUUUUUUUACAUUUAUACAAUACCAACGGCCUUGAUUUGAUGUCUAAACUUCUCAGGUGACUACGUGACAGAGUUGACCAAUGAAAUCGAGCAAGAUACACGAGUCAUGACUGUGGGCGUGGUUUGCGAACAAACGGGGUGGAGCUAAGACGCUAGGAAAGUUAGCGAGGAGAGGAAACAAGAAUACACAAAUAAGAAUUGAGAAUCACCCAUAGUAAACCUGUGAAUAAGCAUCUUUCAAAAAGCGGAUCAACUCCUCUAAACGUGUUAUUGUUUUGUGAUUCAGGAGGAGAGUGCUGGGGAGUUAAGUUAAACAGUCUUUAAAAGGAUGCUCAGGGUCUGCUGAAGGUGACCAAAAGAUGAGAGCAGGCCUCAGUGUGGACAAGCACUGCUUGACCAAACAGAUUGACUCGCUUAGAGUGGAAAAUCAACAACUGAAGGCUGCACUGAGACAAGCAGAGCUCAGACUCAGCACAAUAGAGAGAGAGCGGACCUGUCAGCAGGUCUCUCUCUCAGAGAAGAUCUGUACCGUUCAUGAGCUCACAGCAGCCAAACAGCAGCUUAUUCGACUGAAAGAGGAGCGUGAUGCUUUAAAUGAGCUGCUGAGCAGUAAGUCCGGAGACCUGGAACAGCAAAACUUUCAACUGAAGACCCAGCUGCAGGCCGCACAGGCUGAGCUCGCCCACACCAAGAGUUCUUUGAGUACACUGGAGGGAGCUGACGGACAUGGUCUUAAGGUUGCGCUGAGGAUGCAGAGACGGAUCACUGCUAAAAGGGAGCAGAUUGAUUUCCUGCAGGUCCAGAUUCAGCAGCUGGAGGAGAGUGUAGAAAAGCUCAAGCUGGACAAGCACCAGCAGGCAUUAGAGGUUCAGAGGCAGACACAAGAGUUGAUGUCAGAGAGUGAGAUCAGAAGAACACUGGAGGCUGAAGUGAAGGCAUCUUAUUCACAAGAACGAGAGCUGAAAAGCAGGGCAGAGAGACUGGAGGCAGCGUUAUACAAGAUGUCAGACAGUUUUGCUGAAUGCCAAGAUUUUAUUCAAGAGCAAGAACAGGAGAUCAUGAGGUUGAAACUGCAGCACGCUUUAGAUUUAAAGGAGCUGCAAAGCCAGAACCGUCGUAAUGUCUCCAGAUCUCCAGCCGGUCUCCAUCAGUGCCAUGUUAAUGGCCUAAUGGAAGCAAGAAUACCGUCCCGUUUCCACCCACACACUGAAUUGACAGGAUGUGCUGGAAUGGAUUUUCCUCUGGAAUCUCUCCAGCUCAGAGUCCAUGACCCCAUUGUGGAGCCGAAGAGUUUUGCAAGACAGCAGGGUGGUGGGGCUGAUGAAGAACACGGACCACACGCUGACAAUGGCUUGGGGAAAUCAGAGGAAGAACGCAAAUCUAACCCUGAGCCGAGCUCCCUCAGAAGCGCUAAACCUGAUCAGCAGAAUCCCAGCAGCAGUUUAUCAGAACACUUUAACGCAUUCGAUUUUGGAGUGGACGUGUUCUGUGGACGCAGGUCUCCUGUGCAUGCUCUCCUCACCUCUGAUCCUACCUGAUGAAGGAAUAGGCUGGACAAAGAGCUCCCCAAG